GCCGAAUUCGAGGCGGCUGAAGGUCGGAACACCGGGGAUCAAAGCAGGAGCGCUUGAUCCGCGCAGGAUUCUUAGUCUCAGUCUCUCAGUCUUCUAGCCUCGUGUGGUCGGGAAUAGCUUCAUCGGGACGAGCCGACACCGCCUUCCCAGAGCAGGCAUAACGUCAUCGGGUCCCCCACCGGCGGAGGGACCUCAGGGAGCCUCAGGCCGACCCGGCAUAACUAAGACUUUUUCUCGCGUUACCCCUCCUUGUCCUCCCCUCCGUAUGUUCGCCGGUCGCUUUUUGUCUUCCCUUCGUCCAUCUUCCCUCAGGGUCCCCAGCCCAAGAUUCCCUUCGAUCUUCCCAGGAACCAAUCGAACUCUCGCAACCAUGGCCUCCGAUACCAACCAGUAUAAGCUUAACCACACUAUGAUCCGGGUCAAGGACCCGAAGAAAUCCCUCGAAUUCUACAAGUUCCUGGGACUCAGCCAGAUCCAGCAUCUGGACUUCCCCGAAGCCAAGUUCUCCCUCUACUUCCUCGGUUACAACGGCCCCAACUCUUUGCAGGGUGGUGACCGGCACUUCACGGACCGCAACGCCCUGCUGGAACUCACCCACAACUACGGCACCGAGAACGACCCCAACUACAGCGUGGUGAACGGAAACACCGAACCCCACCGCGGCUUCGGACACAUUGCCAUCUCCGUGGACAACAUCGAGUCGGCCUGCAAGAGGAUCGAGGAUGCCGGGUACCCCUUCCAGAAGAAGCUGACCGAGGGACGCAUGCGACACAUUGCUUUUGCGAAGGACCCCGAUGGAUACUGGGUCGAGCUCAUCCGCCGUCAUGACGAGGAUGUCGGCGCUACCACCGACCCCGGCAACUACCGCCUCAACCACACCAUGCUCCGCGUGAAGUCCGCCGAGAGCAGCUUGAAGUUCUACCAGGAGGUCAUGGGCAUGACCCUGCUGCGAACCUCCGAGAACAAGGAGGCUGGCUUCAACCUGUACUUCUUGGGAUACCCCAAGUCCAACCCGCAGGUGCAGGAGAACGCCAAGAACCCCGUGACUGAAUGGGAGGGUCUGCUCGAGUUGACCUGGAACUACGGCACCGAGAACCAGGAGGGCCAGGUUUACCACAACGGCAACACCGAGCCCCAGGGAUUCGGACACAUCUGUGUGUCUGUCGAUGACCUCAACGCCGCCUGCGAUCGGUUCGAGUCGCUCAACGUCAACUGGAAGAAGCGCUUGACGGACGGACGCAUGAGGAAUGUGGCCUUUGUGUUGGAUCCCGACAACUACUGGGUCGAGGUGGUGCAGAACGAGGCGCUGAAGCGCACCAGCAACUGGUAAA